CUUUGACGCUGGGAAAGUAGCAUCUUCUCGUUGUCCGGAAACUUAUCUUUUCACAAGUCUUUUCUGGCCGUGUAAGUCCUGUAGUCACCUCCAUCGCGGACAUUCAGCAUUCUUCAGGAGAAGAAGUUCACAAGACCAAGAGUAAUAUGUAUAGAAUUAUUCCUAUUAUGAGAAAUAGAUUGGAAGAUUUUCAACCAUGAAAUCCGUUUGUCACAAGUUUGCCAUUCAAAUAAUUUCCCCACUUCGAAAUGCAGAAAAGCGCGCCAAGGCGUGACGUCAGCGGCGACAUAACCUCAACAAAUACAGUUCCGACGACGCGCAGGGUCGCUUUUAUUGCUGGAUUUUCAGGAAAUUACAACUAUUGUGCUUCUGGGGCAGAGCGGAAGAUGGUGGAGUUGACAGUGAAGGAGCGACAGCAGAAGAUUGCGAAGGCGUGCAAUGCGUCGGACGCGCUGGAGAGCUUGAGCGAGAUGUUUUCCUACACCAGAGAUGACUUCCGGGUGAGACUGAGAGCGUGGAGGAAGGCGGAAAUCCCCCAGAAGACCCUCAAGUGGGCCAUUAAGCUGGCCGAGAGGAAUGUGGGGCCCUUCUACAGCUCCUGCUCGCUGGGCUGGCAGCCGAAGAUCAAGCAGGCGGAUCUGAAUAAGCACUGGGCGAGAUACUUGAUUGCCUACACGGAGGACGGCGGCGAUCCGGUGGCUUACUGCAUGUUCAGAUUCGACAUGGAUCACGGACGGAGUGUUCUGUACUGUUACGAGGCUCAGCUGGAGGAGAGCGCGCGACGGAAGGGCCUGGGAUCGCACAUGAUGAGGAUUCUGGAGUGUGCCGCUGCCCAGUGGCACAUGGAGAAGGUCGUGCUGACUGUGCUGAAGAACAAUCCCAGCGGUAUGAAUUUCUUCAGGAAAAUUGGAUACUCAACUGACGAAACCUCGCCGGGGCGUGAGGAGAGCGCCCCUUAUGAAAUCCUGAGUAAAGACAUUUCAGCAUAAGAUGGAAGAACAAUUGCAACGUGAGA